AUGAUCCCGUCGACGUCCCGAGAAACCACAUGUUUGGAUUCCGCACCGCCUUGCAAACAUUCUCUGAAUUCAGCCUGGGCCAAUUCUGAUCCACGAAUGGUGACGUCUCCUUAUCCAGCGCCACUUGCGUACAAGGAAAGCGCGGGCGUUCACACCAGUCAACGGAUCUGCCCUGCCUCUAUCGCAGACGACGAGACUGCUCGUAUGUUGCCGAUUGGUUUCAUUUCUUCGUCAGGCGUCCGCGAACGCUAG